AUGGAGAUUCGUGCUCAGAUAGCCAGGCUGAGGCCUGAGUGUGCCAAGGCUGGCCAGGCAGAUGAGGUCCAGUAUGUCUUCAAUCUCACUCGUACUACCGAUGUGGAUCCGGAGGAGGUAGCCGACAAGUUCGCUGAAGCCCCUCUCCUGCCGAGAAGUCGCGUUUGGACACCGGCUGUUCCUCCGGUGCCUGCUCCAAAAGAUCCUCAACAGUCAGCCGAUCGUGCGGCUAGGGUUGCUCGGAGGGAUGCUCUACGCAAUUCUACAGGGGCGGAGAAUGCUGAUGCUAUCGCGCUGUCUCUUAUUUCUAUGAUGCACGCAUGCGCAUCAGCGUGA